CUCCAGCUCCGUCUUCAGCGCACACCUCACCAGCUCAAUUUCACAAUGCCAUCCACACCCACGACGAUCGAGCUGCCGCCCGCAGACGCACCCAAGCCCGUCGUCUUCUUCCGGCGCAACGCCAAAGGCAAAUCCUCACUGCGCAAGCGAGCCGCCACGCCCCCGCCAGCAUCAGAUUCCGACGGCGGCAGCGACUACGACAGCUCCUCGGAAGGAGGAGGCGAUGGUGGUCCGCGGAAGAUCAAAAAGCGGCGGCGGAACAUGGGUACUGUGGUCGCCGCAACGAGCGAUGUGAGGGGCGCGGGAGCGGCGGAUGCAGGCACUGCGAAGUACGCGGCUACCUCAAGGGAUAUCGUACAGACGAACGACGCGACGAAACAGAGCAAUUGGUACGAUGAGGAGGAGGCGGGGUUGCUCGGUCGCCGGAAGAAACCUGCUGCUGCUGCCGCUGCCACUACAGACGAUGCCGCCGGUCCCCCGGCAGACGACGGCACUUACACCGGCAACAAGGGCUACGGCAGCUUCAUCAAGAAGUCGGCGGACGCGGCGUCGCGCAAGCCCGUGGGGCCCGUCAAGGCGCCGACAAAUAUCCGCACGAUAACGGUGACCGACUACGCGCCCGACGUGUGCAAGGACUACAAGCUCACGGGGUUCUGCGGGUUCGGGGAUACGUGCAAGUUCCUGCACGCGCGUGAGGACUAUGCAGCGGGGUGGAAGCUGGACCGCGAGUGGGAGAUCAAGCAGAAGGGGGGGAAGAUGCCGGUGCUCCAGGGGAAGAAGAUGGGCACUGGUGAGUGGAAGCCCGCGGAUGAGAAGGAGGAGGAGGAGAUCCCGUUCAAGUGCGUCAUCUGCAAGGGAGACUAUAAGAGCCCGAUUCAGACUAAGUGUGGUCAUUACUUCUGCGAAAACUGUGCUAUCGACCGCUAUCGGAGGAAGAACCCAAGCUGCGCCAUCUGUGGGAAGCGCACGGAUGGUGUUUUCAAUGGCGCCAAAGGGUUACAGAAGAAGUUGGAUAUUGCGAAGGAGAGGGCCGAGGAGGAGGAGCGGAAAAAGAAGGAAGAGGAGGAAGAGGCAGCGAAGAAAUGAGCGUGUAUAAUGACGAUUUGUAUGGUGUACGAUAAUAGGUGUUUUUGUUCGCUUUUUGGCAUAUAAAUGAUUCACGAAUGAACCAAAGUCCUCACGUUUUACCAAGAGGGCGCGGGCUUGUGAGGAAUG